AUGUCGCUCUUCCUUGCAUCGGCCAGGGCGACUCCAUCGCGACUCCUUCAAACCACAUUCACCGCGCAACGCAGCUUCAGUACCCCGAAAUCCUCGAAGCCAUGGCCGCGGAAGGAGUGGUUGUGUAUGAUCCGUGAGAAGCCAAACACUGCCAAAUUGAGACAACGAUAUCUCGGCCCUCACCUCAGGAGGAUGAGGCGUCUGUCGGAGGAGAACAAAAUAGUGUCAGAUGGCAAUAUGUGUCUUGCGCAUCCGGAAUAUAAAGGCGAGAAAGUACCCACUACGGGCAGUCUGAUCACCUUUGUUGCCGACUCAGAAGCGGACGUUCGUUCGCUCAUUCAGCAGGAUGUUUUAGCGGAGAAAGGUGUCUGGGAUGUGGAAAAUGCUGUUGUGGUUCCGUACGUUGUGUCUUUCCGCUCCCCAAUCGACUACACAGCAAACGAAGUCCUCGCAAAUGCCUUUAGUUUAAUGGGGGCAUUGCAGCCUUCGGCGGCGAGCACAAAAAACAAACGCAAAUUUGUCUUGUCGAGCUCUGAGAAUAUUAACAAAUCCGAGGAUGGCUCCAUAAAUGCGGAACCGGAUGCCAGCGUCGCCGAGUCGAAGGGCACCCCAGCGACUGAGACAGCGUCCGGCUCUGACAAGGCCGCGCCCGAAGAUGGAAAGCCCGUUGCGCAGGAUGCUGAGACGGCGUCCGGCUCUGACAAGACCGCGCCUGAAGAUGGAAAGCCCGUUGCGCAGGAUGCUGAGACGGCGUCCGGCUCUGACAAGGCCGCGCUGGAAGAUGGAAAGUCCGUUGCGCAGGAUGAGAAGGAAGCCGAUCACAAAUAA